AUGCCAGCAGCGGACAAGUCGUCCGGCAGCAAGGCCGACGGCCCGGACCCCAUCCUCCUCUCGCUCUUCGCCAACCGCUUCAUGUCGGUGGCAGAGUCGAUGGGCAAGUCGCUCCAGCAGACGUCGAUCUCGACAAACAUCAAGGAGCGCCUCGACUUUUCCUGCGCGCUCUUCAGCCCGGACGGCUCGCUCGUCGCCAACGCCCCGCACCUCCCCGUCCAUCUCGGAUCCAUGUCGUUUGCCGUCAAGUUCCAGGUCGAGCACCUCAAGCGGACCGGCCAGGGCUUCAAGCGCGGCGACGUCAUCAUGGCAAACAUGCCUUCGGCCGGCGGCUCGCACCUUCCGGACAUCACCUGCAUCACGCCGUGCCACGCCCAGGACUCGGACGACAUCAUCUUCUUUUGCGCUUCCCGCGGCCACCACGCCGACAUUGGCGGCAUCACCGCCGGGUCCAUGCCGCCCACUUCCAAGACUCUGUUCGACGAGGGCGCCCAGAUCAAGUCGUUCAAGAUCGUCUCCGAGGGCAAGUACGACCGCGACGAGCUGGUGCGCCUCAUGUGCGAGGAGCCGGCCAAGCACCCGGGCUGCUCGGGCUCGCGCUGCUUCCGCGACGUCGAGAGCGACCUCCAGGCGCAGAUCGCGGCCAACCAGAAGGGCAUCAACCUUAUUCAGAUGCUCGUCGACGAGUGGGGGCUCGAUAUGGUGCAGCGCUACAUGGAGUACAUCCGGCACAAUGCCGAGCUGAGCGUGCGCAACCUGCUCAAGGACGUGGCCAAGAAGCAGGGCUCCAACAAGCUCCACGCCGUCGAGUACAUGGACGACGGGACUCCCAUCGAGCUCAACAUCACCAUCGACCCGGACCAGGGCUCUGCCGUGUUUGACUUUGAGGGGACCGGCCCAGAGGUGGCGGCCAACUUCAACUGCCCGCGCAGCGUUGCCUCGAGCGCCAUCAUCUACUGCCUCCGCUGCAUGGUCUCUGCGGAUAUUCCGCUGAACCAGGGCUGCCUGACGCCCGUCGACAUCAAGAUACCCAAGGGCUGCCUCCUGGACCCCUCGGAGACGGCGGCCGUCGUCGGUGGCAAUGUGCUGACCAGCCAACGCAUCACCGAUGUCGUCUUCCGCGCGUUCCAUGCGGCCGCAGCCAGCCAGGGCGAUACCAACAACUUGACAUUCGGCCUCGGGGGCAAGGACAAGGACGGCAACCACGUCGAAGGCUUUGGCUACUACGAGACCAUCGCGGGAGGGUCAGGGGCGGGGCCCUACUGGCACGGCACCUCUGGCGUGCACACGCACAUGACCAACACGCGGAUGACGGACCCCGAGAUCAUGGAGCGGCGCUAUCCGGUGCUACUGCGCGAAUUUUCGCUGCGGGACGAGUCGGGAGGCGAGGGCAAGUUCCGCGGCGGCGACGGCGUCGUGCGCGACAUUGAGUUCCUGGCGCCGGGCAUCCAGGUCUCGAUCCUGAGCGAGCGCCGAGUGUACAGCCCGUACGGUCUCGAAGGCGGUGAGGACGCCAAGCGCGGCCUCAAUCUGUGGAUCAAGCAGAAGAGGGAGGCCGAUGGUGAUCUGAGAGACGGCGAGAAGGAGGGAAAGGUGGCGCCGCGUGUCAUCAAUCUGGGUGGAAAGAACACGACGAGGAUGGGCCGCAACGACCGGAUCAUUAUCCACACGCCCGGCGGAGGUGGCUGGGGAGCCCCGACCGAGUCUGCGGCGUCCUCGUCUGCGGCGACUCAGAAGGGCGACCGGGAUCCGGUCAACAGCCGCAACGCGUCUGCGCGCAUGGUGCCGCUGCUCAACGAUCCGAGCUCGUCGACGGGCGUGAUUGCGCCGCUGAGCGAGAGCGAGGACCGCGAGGUGCGGAGUGCGCUGCACACCACGCGGCACAAGGGCAGCGUCGCCGAGUGGAACGCGUUGCAGCUGGGCGCCUGA